AUGAAACGAAUACUAAUCGUUUUUCUUCAUAUAUUAUUCACUGCGAAAUUAAGCUCCUCAGAAUGUAACAUUCCAAUAGUUUUAAGAAACUCGUGGUUUUCUUUCGAAAAUGGGCAGCAGACAACAACCGAUAUAAAUGCUUACGAAAUGACGGGCAGAGGUGUGUGUGUUAAUAUCAAAGCAGAGUCUCAAUCGAAUUACACAAUGGUAUUCAAAUAUAUAAACUGCUACUAUUGUGUGAAACUUGUAGUAAGAACAGUUAAUGUACUGGAGAAGAUUGAGAGCACAUGUGUAGAUUUGGAGCCUCAUGAAGAACCAACUGUCGAAAGAGUCUGUAAAAACCUGAAUCCUGAUCAAUAUUUCAUUACUUUGUUUGCUGAGAAUUUUGUUCCAGUUAAUUGUCGUUCAUCACUUGAAGGAGUAUGGCAGUUUGCUUAUCAAAACAGGUUCAGGUUUACCGGAGAAUGUAGCCACCCAGAAGCCCAGAUAAAAUCUUGCCAGACGGCUGGUACUCAGUUCUUGAUUACGAAUCAGAAAUUUAAUAUCACUUAUAGAAAGUGUUCCGGUAUGUCAGGAACUUUUGAAGGAGUUGUGGAGUAUAGUUGUUUAGGUCAUUGGUUUGUGAAUAAAAAUCAGUUCUUCGCCGUCGCUAACACCAAGGAAUCUCGUAAAGAUGAGAGAUACCGGUGCUUCUUGAGGAAUAGAGAUGACGACUUGUACAUUGGAGCUUCUAUUACUCCCCAAUGCAGUACUUUGAAAACUGUAGAAAAGUCACCGGAGAGAUACAGGAUUACUCCUGUUAAGGCUGAAGUGGUAGAGCCUGGCUGUCGUUUACCUCAGAACUUUUCUGGUGAUUGGAUUAAUACUGCAAAUAUUGAUGCUGAUGUAUUCAUCAACGAAACUCAUAUAAUCGAAACAUAUUAUCCAGAUGAAGGAAGAUAUAGACGGACUAUUUAUGUUUGCAGAGAACAACGCGACAGCCGAGUGAUGAUGGCGCGUUUGACGGUGGAUGGAUGUCAGAAGGAUUAUGUUUGCUUUGAUUUUGUACCUCAACAUCACAAUGUUAUAAGAUACCGUAAAGGAUUAGCAAUGACCCAGAAUAAUUUCCACACAGUAUGUUCAUGGGUGCAAUUCCAGAAUAAACAAAAAUGGCGCUACGAUAUUUUCCUGAAGAAAGACCCGACGCCGAUACGUUGUCCUGUCGCUGGAAAAUUCAAUUUCACACAAAAGGGCGAUGUCAAAUUCGAAACCAGGAUUCUUGGUGGAGUAACAUUGAGUCCCCGACCGAAUCUGUACUGUAAAAUUAACAUAAGUGAUUUCUCAGUUUGCGAUGUCGAUCAAAAGACAGUACAGAUAAAGGAAAAUUACUGUCUAUCUGUGGACCAUUUGGGAAGACCAGUGGAUAUUUACAGUGAUCCAGAUUAUAAGAUGAAGUGUAUUGGAUACUGGAAGGAGAAUUUGAAGUCAUAUCUCAUUACAUAUGAUGAACUUGACCCGUUUUCCAAGUACAGAUGCUGGGUGUAUCAAAGAGCCGAUCUUAAUAGGGUGCUAAUGUCCCAAGCCCUGGGAGCGUACUGCGAUUUGAAGCAAGAUGUGACAUCAUGGAACUACACAGAGGGCGCUGCAGUCGCUGUAGAAAUGGAGGAGUACGAGAGAGAGCGCGAUCAGUGUCCUAUGCACUUUGACGAUGGCAGUGACCCCUGGUCGACAAAGGAGAGCUUUAUUAAAGUGUUUUCGUUCACAUACUCUUUCUGGAAAAAUAACAAUAGUGCCCCGUUACAAGCAGCUAACUUGACAUUUGUUUUAGUUGUUAUCUCCCUAGUCAAGUGUCUAUUUACUUAA